AUGUCGGGAUAUCAAGGAACUCCGCCGCCAGGUGGGAACUACUACCCUCCCCCGCCAGGUACAUCCACCUCAUCCCCUCCUAUACUUCCGUCAAACAUGGAACAUCAGCAGUCCCAACAGCAGUACUUUGCGCCUCCUCCAGGUGGCCAAUCCUACCCACCUCCGCCCACAUCCCCUCCCGCACACCAACAACAGCACUAUCCCCCUCCGCCAGGCGGUAACCCCAACCCACAACCACAGUACGCGCCGCCGCCUGAGAAACAGCAAUAUGCGCCACCACCCGAACAACAACACUUUCCACCACCGGGCCAGGCACAAUCGCCGCCGUCACAUCAGCAGCAUCCGCAUCAGCAGCAGCAGCCGAUGAGCCCUGGCUUCGGUGGGUUUCCAGGUGGGAGCCCAAGUGCAAGUCCGUAUCGCGACGAGAAUUCAGGAUAUCCUGCCGAGAAGAUAGGACACCCAGGCAUGGGACAGCCGCAAAUGAGCCAACAGACCAUACCACAACAACCGCAAUACGUAGGGCAAGCAGCACAUACAGGGCCUGGAAGUGCUUCCGCAGAUGAUGUAGGAACGUUCAACGGAGGAAGUUAUCGUGUGAGCCACCGGGAUACGAACUCCAUUCUUACGGUACAGCUAGCGAUUGGAUGUCCAUUUACUGCGAAGCCUGGCGCAAUGAUAGCAAUGUCCCCCACCAUGACACUAAAAGGCAACCUGAAGUUUUCCCUCAAGAAGGCCCUCAUCGGGGGCGACAUGAGCAAGUCUACGUACACGGGCCCCGGUGAGCUUCUCCUUGCUCCUCCUUCUAUCGGCGACAUUACGAUUAUCAAGCUUGGUGGGAAAGAACAGUGGUCAGUGGGCCGAGACGCCUUCCUAGCCUGUACACAGGGAAUUGUGACAGAGUACAAGAGCCAGGGCAUCGGAAAAGCCAUGUUCAGUGGAGAAGGGCUGUUUGUGUACAAGAUUAGUGGCACAGGUGUGCUUUGGGUGACGAGCUUUGGAGCGAUUAUUAGGAAGGAUCUCGCAGCCAACGAGAAGUACAUUAUCGAUAACGGACAUCUGGUGGCGUGGAACUGCAAAUACGUCCUUGAGCGUGUUGCUAGCGGAGGUAUCAUCAGUAACAUGACGGCGGGCGAGGGGCUCGUGUGUAAGUUCACAGGGCCAGGGACUGUAUUCAUGCAGACCAGGAAUGCGGCGGCGUUUGGGCAGUGGUUAGCUGCCAAUGCUGCUGCGCCGUAA